UCGCCGAGAUUUUCUACAUCAGCUACGGUACGUUCUUCUGAAAAAUGACGAAGAUGCGUCCAUCCGUGUCCAUUACGCGUCCGUGACUUGAGACUCACAGACGUGGGCUCCUGCAGACGGAGCAGUGCGGAGAUCCGUCCAUGCUGUUGUGAGAGGACGACGUCCGUUCAUCGUGACCUGGACUUUGACCUGUGGGGUCGCGUUUUGUGCUCUUGUCCUCUCGUUUAUGAUCUCCAGGGCCGAUCAGCCCAGACUCACCGUCACGUGACCACGUGCACCAAAGUUGACCUCGUGCAGUAGGAAGUUUGACGUGGGAAGAACAGCUUGAGGAGGACCGCACGUCACACGAGAGCAACAAUAUAUCGGAGACAUUUCCAAUGCAAAAGCAAUCAUUUGUUUUUGGUAUUUUUACAGUGAUGAUCUCAUUGGCAUAGUGAACAGAAAUGUCCACCCUGGGAGCGCCUCUUCUUCUCCUCCUGCUCCUGGCCGCAGGAAGUGAUGGCACAGGAGCGGAGAUGGACAGGAAGCCUAACUUUGUCCUGAUGAUGGUGGAUGACCUGGGUAUCGGUGAUGUUGGGUGUUACGGUAAUGAUACCAUCAGGACUCCUAACAUAGACAGACUGGCGUCUGAAGGGGUGAAGCUGACGCAGCACAUCGCAGCUGCUCCUCUGUGCACUCCGAGCCGGGCCGCCUUCAUGACGGGGCGUUACGCCCGCCGCUCAGGAAUGGCUAGCGCAGGCCGCGCCCAGGUGCUGCUGUUCCUCGGGGGUUCGGGGGGGCUUCCAGCAAGCGAGGGCACCUUCGCUAAGAGGCUGCAGCAGCAAGGAUACACCACUGGCCUAGUGGGUAAGUGGCACUUGGGUGUGAACUGUGAACGCAGAGGGGAUCACUGUCAUCACCCAAACCAGCACGGCUUCAGCUAUUUCUACGGCCUGCCAUUCACCCUGUUCAAUGACUGUAUGCCAGGAGAGGGGAGCGAUGUCAUGGCAGACCUCCAGGUCACACUCAGACAUAUGGCCAUUAUUCUUGGAGUUGGACUUUUCACACUGGUGUGUGUCCGUGCGUCUGGCCUCCUUGAAGUCAGCCUGUGGCUCCUGGUUUCACUUUUCCUUAUUAGUAUCCUAGCAACUGCUGUUUGGUAUGUGCCUUUUAAACUCUUGCCGACCUGGAACUGCAUCAUCAUGAGGAACCAAGACGUUAUCGAACAGCCAAUGACAGUGGAGACGCUGCCCCAAAGGUUGCUGGGAGAAGCACAAAACUUUGUGAGGAGGAAUAGCGAUCGUCCAUUCCUCCUCUUCUUCUCAUUAGCCCAUGUCCACUCACCACUCUUUGAAACCCCUGCCUUUGCCGGCAAAAGUCGCCAUGGUUGUUAUGGUGACAACUUGGAGGAGAUGGACUGGAUCAUCGGCAAGUUGACGGAGACAGUGGAUUCUCUCGGCCUGGCCAACAAUACUCUGAUGUACUUUACAUCAGACCAUGGUGGGCACCUUGAGGACGCUAACUCGAGAAUUGGCCAGAGUGGCGGCUGGAACGGCAUCUAUAAAGGCGGGAAGGCUAUGGGGGGCUGGGAAGGCGGGAUUAGAGUGCCUGGUAUUUUCCGCUGGCCUGGCAGACUGGCAGCUGGGACAGUUGUAGAUGAACCCACCAGUCUUAUGGACCUGUACCCUACACUGAAGUAUUUAGCCAAGGACACACUACCAGACAGACUUUUAGAUGGCCAUAACCUCAUGCCUCUGUUGGAGGGAUCGGUCAAGCGAUCAGAGCAUGAAUUCAUGUUCCACUACUGUGGCGUCUACCUGAACGCAGUGCGCUGGCACCCGCCUGGCAGUGACUCCGUCUUCAAGGUGCACCUUUUCACUCCCAACUUCUCUCCGCCGGGAGCCGUCGGAUGCUAUGACACAAAGGUCUGUCUGUGUCACGGAGAACACGUUACACACCAUGAUCCACCGCUGAUGUACGACAUUGUCCACGACCCCUCAGAGUCCCGCCCACUAACCCCCGACACUGAGCCCCGAUAUGCUGAAGUCCUUGAGCAGACUGGCAAAGCUGUGGAAAGGCAUGAAAUGACCCUAGCAAACAGGCAUGUGUCCGACGACAAGCAUUCAGUCGCUGUUCAAAGUCAGAUGAGCUGGGAGAAGAUUCUGUGGAGACCCUGGCUUCAGCCCUGCUGUGGGACUUUUCCUUUCUGUAGCUGCAAAGAGGACGCGCAACAUAUUUAAAAGAAAAACUCCCCCCGUCGCUUUGAAAACUUGAAGACAAAUACAAAGAGCUCGGGCUUGGCGAAGCUUCUUUGGAAUCUGCAGUAGGGUUUUUUUUACUGUUUGAAGGAACAAUAAACUGCUGAGGCGUGGGUGCCCAGGGUGCAUUCAGGGGCUUUGACCAUUCCAAGUGUUCACUGCAUUAUACCUGUUUUCAGUGCCUAAUUACACCAUACAUACUCAGUACAGUGGAGUUGAAGAUUAAUCUGAAGACGCAUGAAGGAGAAUUCUGUUCAUUCAUUAAAUGAAGGACCGGUUUAGCUGUUGCCCUUAUUUUUACAAGGAAAAAUGUCAACAGUGCUUGGAUUACAUGAUUAAAUAAAGAUGAUAAAUCGC